GAUGCACUACACGCAAGUCGCAUGCUGACCGUCGAAGAGCGAGCCUUCCAGCGUGUAACCAAGCAGCUCCUGAGCGAAAAGUCCGUCCUCAAGCCCGCGCUGUCGUAUUUACCGUCACCUCCGCCUGAAGGAGAGGGCGAGCCACCUCUCUACGAUCCUGCACGAGUGGAGCGCUUCCGCGAAGAUGUGCUGCUGGACUUUGCGAAUCUCGAAAGCAGCAUCAUUCGCAUACAGUUGAUCUUGUCAUCAAACCAACGCGAAAGAGAACGAUAUGCCGCCGAAAAGGCCAAAAUCUUGGAGACAGCGCAGGCUGUGCGUGACAAUACGCUAGAGCUGCGGUCGCACCUUCAGGAAGCGCAGCAGGUGUUGGAGAGGCGCAAAGGCUAUGAUGAAAUGGCUACUAAGAUUCUGGAUGAUCGCAAACUCAAGAGUCGCGACGAUGCGAAGGCGGACAUCGAGAAGCUCGAGAAGGAGAUCGAAGACCUUCAGCAGGAAAGUGUGGACUAUGAAGGAACCUGGAUAUCAAGAAGAGAACAGUUCGACAUGGUAGUACGCGAGGGAGAGGCUAUGAUCAGGCAGAUCAAAGGGAUCAAGGACGAGCCUGAGCCAGAGAAGGACGAGAAUAUGGACGAUGCCGACGAUGGACCCAAAGAUGAGACUAGUGGCCGAAACACACCU